AUGAAGAAAUUCAACUUCUUUGACAAGCACACCGUGAGUGAUGAGAAAUCCACAAAAUUCUUCGCAUCGGUGAAUGUUACUUGUUGCACAAGUGGUGCCAGUAAAAUCAUCUUUGGAGAUAAUCGGGGAUAUUUCCAUGUGAUGGAUAAAAAUUUAAAUACUCGGCAGUGCAAAGCCUUUGAAGUCCGGGUGAAUCAUAUCAAACAUGUACCAAAAGCAAAUUGUUUGAUUGUGGUUGGUGAUGAUGGUGGAGAGGCUUAUCAGGAUGUUUUGAAAAUAUAUUCGUUGGAUAAAUACAAGGAAUAUACGAAAGGAGAAUCGGCACAUAUGAGUAUUGGACAAUAUUUAUUAGUUCGGGAUAUCAAGAUCUUUGGUCAGAUCAAGGAAAUAGAGCCAUAUCCGGUUUGUUGCUUUGAAGCUAAUCAAGAUUUUAAUUGCAUUGCCCUCGGUCUUGGAAAUGGUAAAAUCGUAAUAUUUGAAGGUGAUUUCACAAAGGUCGGAGGAAAGUCAUCACACAAGGUAUUUUAUUUGGAUGGUGCUUCUUCUGAAAGAAUCACAGGAUUGGGAUUUAGAAGAUAUGGUAGCUCUCCAAAUGACUAUACUUUAUUUUGUUGCUCUCUCACUCAAGUGUUUAAAUAUUCCAUUAACACAAGUAGCAGUACAUCACAACGUGCGCUUGAACAAUCAAAGACAAUUCUUGAUGAUACUACCGGAUGUGAGGUUGGAUGUAGUACAAUGAGCAUUGAUGGUGACUUUGUAGUUGCUUCUAAAUCUGCAGUAUGGUUUUACAAGCCAGAAGGUAAAGGAGCAUGUUUUGCAUUUGAAGGAAAAAAGAUUUUGGCUCAAUGGUUUAGAAAUUAUCUCAUCAUCAUCAGUAGCGAAAUUAACAACAACACCAACAAGGCGCAACAAGUUAUCACUAUUUAUGAUCUGAAAAACAAAUAUAUUGCCUUCAGAUAUUCUAGUGACAAGCUGCAUAUUACUCACAUAUUACAAGAGUGGGGAAACGUUUUCCUAUUGUCAAAUAUUGAUGAAAAUAAGUCACAACAACAAAUGUAUCUUCUUGAAGAAAAGGAUACCCAAUCCAAACUUGAACUACUUUUGAGAAAGAAUUUCUACUCUAUUGCCAUCAGUUUGGUGAAUAGCGAGCAACUUGACUCAAAUUACAUUCCUGAAAUAUCAAAACAAUAUGGUGAUCACUUAUAUUCUAAGAAGGAUUAUGAUGGAGCCAUGAAACAAUUUUGCCGAACCAUUGGAAGGUUAGAACCUUCCUAUGUCAUUAGAAAGUUUCUAGAUGCGAAUAGAAUUCGUAAUUUGACUGAAUAUCUCGAAGCGCUUCACGAAAAAAGACAAGCCACUUCCGAUCACACCACACUUUUACUCAACUGUUACACCAAGCUCAAAGAUGAACGAAAGGAAAAGCUUGACAAGUUUAUUAGUAUGCAAGACAAGCUCAUGUAUGACGUUGAGACAGCAAUUAGAGUUUGCAGAAAAGCAGGUUACAAAGAACAUGCUCUGAUAUUGGCUAUGAAGCACAAACAACACGAUUGGUACAUUAAAAUCCAUCUUGAGGAUUUUGAUGACACGGACUACUCAGCAAAUGAUGGUGCAGAGAGAAUGGAUUUGAAAGAAAAUUUCAGAAGAGCUCUCAAGUAUAUAGAAUCUCUUUCAUUGACUGAAGCAGAGCAAUAUUUGAAAACUUACGGAAAAACUUUGAUUUCACAUCUCCCCAAAGAAACAACAAAUGUACUAAUCAGAUUAUGUACUGACUACUUCCCUGUUCACCCUGCUGAAACGAACAGAGUUCUUGAUAGUGAUAUUAGAAUAACCCAAAAGAGAAUUAUGGAGAGUCAUAAGCAACGAGUAGCUCAACUCACAAAUGAAUCAAGCAAAGAACCUGAGAAAAAGAAAGAAGGAAUCAUGAAUAUUCUUCUUGGAAGUCUCAAACAGUCAUCAUCUGGAAAUCUCGAAUCUCAAAUUGCUCAAACUACCAGAUUUGAUGAUUUGUACAAUAGUGUGAAUGAAACUUUUGAAAAGCCAAAACCUGAGAAAUAUAUUCACUGUUUCUCAAGCAAAGAUCAAUAUUGGUUAAUGAUAUUUUUGGAGAAUGUUAUUUGGAGAACUUUACGACCUGAUGUUUCACAUUCCAAGGUCGUGUACAAUACUUUAAUUGAACUUUAUCUCAAAUAUCUUGAGGCAGAUGCAAAGAAGCGACCCGAGCUAGAAAUCACUCUAGGAAUUGUGGACAGAUACGAAAUUCACUCACCAAGUACAGACAUUACAAACUUGUCCUUCAAAGAUCGUUUACUCUAUACAUUGGACCAUCCACAGUCGAAUUAUGACAAGGAACACGUGUUAGUGUUGGUUCAAUCACAAAACUUUAAAGAAGGAGUUCUUAAAAUGUAUGACAGCUUGGGACUUCAUUAUUAUAUUAUUCAAUAUUAUAUGGAACAACGUAACUAUAAGAAUGUGAUAACAGCAUGUAAUCAAUAUGGAGAUAAGGAUCCAAACCUUUGGGUUCAAGUUUUAACUUAUUUCGCAACAUUGGAGGAUGAUGUAGAACAAGAAAUUGCAACUGUUUUGGAAAAAAUUGAAAAGGAGGAAAUUCUUCCUCCUUUGUUGGUUGUUCAAAUUCUUGGAAAGAAUGAAAAGACAAAACUCUAUACCAUCAAAGAUUAUCUCAUUUCAAAAAUACAAAAGGAGCAAGAAAUGAUUCGAGAAGAUGUAGAGAAAAUUAAAGACUUCCAAUCAGAGACAGCCCAAAUGAGAAAGGAAAUUCAUGAUUUACAAACAAGCGCUAAAACUUUCCAAGCCACCACAUGUACAUUCUGUAAUGCUCAACUUGAUUUACCAGCAGUACAUUUCAUGUGCAACCAUUCCUAUCACCAAAGAUGUCUAUUGGUUGGUAACGAAGGUGAAUGUCGAGUGUGUGCAGAUAAACAUCGAGAAAUUUUGCAGAGAAAGAGAAAAUUCGAAGAGUCCAGUGAUCAACAUGAAUCAUUUUUCAAGCAACUCAACAGUAAGAAAUUUGAUGGCUAUUCUCUCGUAUGCGAAUAUUUUGGAAGAGGCAUUGGGCAAGUAUUCAGUCGAUCCAAGUACUUGGCUGACUUGGAUGCAGAACUGCCACCAACAGGUGCAGCAGCAACAUUAUCAUUAGCUCAUGCAUUUGAUGGAGAUGAGGAGGAUGAGUUUACUGACUCUGGUGAUGACAGCGAUGAUGAACGAAGAAAAAGAUUAUUAAAUUAA